UAUGUCUAUGGUGCUACCGGUACGAAUCGGGUAGUGACACUCCUCACCAGUUAGUGGCGGUAAUGCACACCGAAAAGAUGUUUGCCACCCGCCAUUAAACACAAGAAGAAGAAGAAGAAGAAGAAGAAGAAGAAGAAGAAGCUAACGCUGCUAAAAUUGGAAGUGCUGAUCCCACAUCAGUUUGAACACUGAGAAUCUAGAAAGUCAAGAUUCUGCGAUGCUUUGGUUUGACGGAUCGAUUCCUGAGGCCAUACACUGCGCUAAACAACGCAGUUUGGUGUUUGUCGUUGUCAUUGCAGGGGAGGAUGAACAGUCUAAACAGUUGAUGUCCAGUUGGGAAGAUGACAGCAUCUCAGAAGCAGCCCAGAACUGCUGUGUGGCCAUCAAAGUCGAUGCCAAGAGUGACACCUGUGUCCAGUUUUCGCAGAUAUAUCCUGUGGUAUGCAUACCCUCAAGCUUCUUCAUCGGAGUGAGCGGAAUUCCCCUGGAGGUCAUUGCUGGAAGUGUGACUCCUGAUGUACUGAUGAAGAGAAUCAACAAAAUGCACAGUCAAGGAAUAGGAGGUUCUGCUGUAACUAUGGAGACCAGGCCGCCUGACAACACAGAGCCUACCUCAGAUCCUGAAGUGCCCGUUGGAGCUGGUGCUUCACCAGGUUCAUUGUUUACCAUUUCCAACCCAACAAAAGGAUCCCUUUCAAGUUCUGUGGAUGAAGACAGUGUUUCAAGUGCAAAGCCCUCUAUGGAGAAUUCCCUUUUUUGUCAAGCUACAUGUUCUGAAAGUGAAAACCCGAAUUCUAAGAUAGAAAGAUUGACCAAGAAACUGGAAGAGAGACACGAGCAAAAGAAGAAAGAGCAAAAGGAAAAUGAUAUCAGAAAAGAAAUCGAGCGCAGGAAGAUGGGGAAGCAAAAUCAAGAAUUUAAGAGAAAACAGGAUGCGGAAAAAGCCAAGCAAAUCUUGGAAGAAAGGAACAGAGAAAAGGCAGAAGAGAAGGCUGCCAGGGAACGUGUUAAGCAGCAGAUCGCCAUGGACCGAGCAGAAAGAGCUGCCACUUAUGCCAGGUUGCAACAAGAUGAGAAAGUUGCCAAGCAGAACCUUCUACAGGCCAAACAGGCAGACCAGGAUGCAAGGAAGGAAUUGCAAAUCAGAGAGAGGAGUACUAUAUCCAGGAUCCAGUUUCGACUUCCUGAUGGUUCGUCUCUCACCAACCAGUUUCCCUCACAGACCAGACUGCAGGAGGCUUGGAACUUUGCUUUUGAGGAAAUAGGGAGUCUGUAUGGAAACUUCUCUCUAGCAACCAUGUAUCCUCGGCAAGAGUUCACUAGUGAAGAUCUAAACAAGACCCUGCUGGAGCUGAAACUGGUUCCAAGUGCGUCCAUUGUUCUCCUCCCAUCUCAAAGGCCUACUGACACUGUGACCCGCUCUUCUGGAUUUGGCAUCUGGGCCGUUUUGGGUUCAAUCCUUUACCCUCUGCUCGCUGUAUGGAGGUUUCUCAGCUCCUUUCUGUUUGCUGCACCUUAUUCAGCAUCAGCAUCCAGAGGCGAAGCAGAACACAACAGCUCAAUAUCCUCCGCAAACCAAGCUAAGAGAGAAACUUCCACCAAGCAAAAAUUGGAGAUGCGGCCUAAGGACUUCAAGAAGGAAGGUAAAAUCUGUACACUGCGUACAGAAGAUGACAACGAUGAUGAGGAUAACAACACCUGGAAUGGAAACUCUACCCAACAGAUGUAGAACCUUGUAUGGCAUCAAGUUGCAGCUCUUCCACACCCUCUGCCCCUGCUUUGUAUGUUAUUGGGAUUUAUUUUUUCUUUUUCCUACUCUUCUUUCUCCAACCACAGCACUUGCAGCUUUGUACUUUGUCUGCAUGCUAAAGUAAAAAUGGUCAGUUCAGUUCCAUUUGAGCUUAAGAUGAGUAAAGAAGUCCUGAAUAUAACAGGUUGAAUGGUGCAUAUUUUGAUUAAUAUCAGUUGUUUUGACACUUUUUUUGGUCCUUAAUUAUUGAUUUGGUAAAUCAAAUAAAAAGAUGCCAACCAGUCAUUGGCAACUUAUUGUGUC